UUACAAGAUGAUGGCCGCUCCGACGAAGAUGAUGAUCUAUUCAUUGUUGUCUUCUAUCAUUAUGUUCAGAGUAACGGUCGCCUUGCCUUACGUAUGCUUUUGUAAGGGAUCGACCGGGGAGAAUACUCACUUGCACGAACACAGCCACCAGGGUUGAAUACGUCAUUUCCUUACAAUCUUAUUAUUCCCACUUUCCACAGAAGCCUGAAAGCUUAAGCUCACUCUUCCACCUACACAACAAACUGACAGCUCAUCUCUCUCUCUGAUUCUCACCAUUCUUUUCGUUUCUUUCCUCUCGCUAUUACUGUUUACUUCCCACAGAGGGAAACACUUUCUCUCUCUCACACACUUACACUUACUUAAUAUUCCAUUGAUACCUGUCUUUUCACAUUCCUCUGAUUCUCUCUCUCUCUUUUCCUUCUUCUGUCGGUAUAUAAUUUAUAUUUUUCGCCGGAAUUCUUUUUCCGGCGAGCUAAUGCAGCGGAUUCUACAAGUGAUUUUUUAUACCGCUGAAUCUUGCGGUCUGUGAUUUCUUUCUCUCUCUCUCUCUCUCUCUCUCUCUCUCUUCCCCUGUGAAACGGAGGGAAGAUAAAGAAGAUUGGAAAUAAUGUCGAUAUACGACGCCGCGUUUGUGAACACAGAGCUAUCGAAGCCGACCUCAAUCUUUGGCCUUCGCCUCUGGGUGGUUAUUGGAAUCUUGCUUGGAUCUCUCAUAGUCCUGGCUCUCUUCCUUCUCUCCCUCUGCCUAACCUCUCGCCGCAGGAAUCGCCAAAUGUUAAAGCAUGCUGAUACUACCCCUCCCAUUUCCAAGGAAAUACAGGAAAUCGUGCAUUUUCCGGCACAGGAUCACCACCACCCCGUUCAAGUUCCAGAGAUUCAAGUAGAGAUCGGUAAGAUCGAGCAUCGUGUGGUGUUCUCAGACCGAGCCUCGAGUGGGGAGAGUAGAGGGACUGCAAGUGGCUGUGAGACGGCGUCGUUUGGCAGCGGGAGUGUGGGUCCUGAGGUCUCGCAUCUAGGGUGGGGCCGCUGGUAUACUUUGAGGGAGCUGGAAGCUGCAACGAAUGGGCUUUGUGAAGAGAAUGUUAUUGGCGAAGGUGGAUACGGGAUUGUGUACCGUGGGGUUCUGGGUGAUGGUACUAAAGUUGCUGUCAAGAACUUGUUGAAUAACAGGGGUCAAGCUGAGAAGGAAUUCAAAGUGGAGGUGGAAGUAAUUGGACGAGUAAGGCACAAGAAUCUUGUUAGGUUGCUUGGAUACUGUGUUGAGGGUGCAUAUAGGAUGCUCGUGUACGAGUAUGUUGACAAUGGUAAUCUGGACCAAUGGCUCCACGGUGAUGUCGGAGAAGUCAGUCCCCUAACAUGGGAUAUUCGUAUGAACAUUAUAUUGGGAACAGCAAAGGGACUGGCCUACCUUCACGAGGGUCUUGAACCAAAGGUCGUCCACCGCGACGUAAAAUCCAGCAAUAUACUACUUGAUCGCCAGUGGAAUGCUAAGGUUUCUGAUUUUGGACUUGCUAAGCUCAUAUGCUCUGAGAGGAGUUAUGUAACAACACGAGUGAUGGGAACAUUCGGUUAUGUUGCACCAGAAUAUGCUUGCACCGGAAUGCUGAAUGAGAAGAGUGAUGUAUAUAGCUUUGGCAUACUUAUAAUGGAGUUAAUUUCUGGGAGAAGCCCAGUUGAUUAUAGUCGACCACAAGGAGAGGUGAAUUUGGUGGAUUGGUUAAAAGCCAUGGUCGGAAACCGAAAAUCUGAAGAAGUAGUUGAUCCUAAGUUGCCUGAGAUGCCUGCUUCCAAAGCUCUAAAACGUGUUCUCCUGGUUGCUCUUAGAUGUGUUGAUCCUGAUGCAACAAAGAGGCCCAAAAUGGGGCAUGUGAUCCACAUGCUUGAGGCAGAUGACUUAUUAUUUAGUGAUGAACGCCGAAUUGGGAGAGAAUCUUCCCAUUCACACCGUUGUGAGCAAGAGAAUCAUGCUGUUGCAAAAUUAGGUGAUAAACGAUUGGGCUAAGGCACUUCAGACGUUAAUGAAGGUGAUAGCAAUAGGAAUCUUUCUGAACAAAAUAGAUGGAGAUAACUUCACUGGAGGAUUAGGUGAUUAACUUAUUUAAAUCUCUCCAAGAUAUUGAACUUCCCUUUUUCCUUUCCCCCUAUUUCUUUUUUUUUUUUCCUUUUCUUUUUAUAUUUUUUCUCUUGUGGCUAUUCUUCUGUGUUUGUUGUACCUUCAAUUUGAAGAAAACAAUAAUCCUGCAUAUGUUCUGUGCUUAGCUUUUAUAUCUUUUGAGGUGUAUCUUACUUCAAUUGGAUAUAAUUGUAUACUUAAAAGAAUUCAUUCAUUGUUCUUAUAGAAACCAUAAUUAUUACAUUGUUUUUUCAGUUUGUAAGACAAAAACUGUUCUGGACUA